GGGUAGAUGUUGAAGCAGAGUAGAGUUUCCCAUGAGGCCAUCAAGCCACAGACAGGUGUGUGCGAUCAAGAGCCUUGGCCUCCAAAGCAAAGGAAGAUGCUGGAUUGGAGGAACCCUGAUGAGUUGAGGGUGUGGACUCAGAUCUCUGGCCAAUCCAUGGAGACCUAGACAGUCAAAGGAUGUGCUCCCAAUGUGUGUUGUGUCAGAGAGCAUGGCACACCUUGAUGGGAGCAGAGGUGUCCAUGAGGUCUGGGAUGUUUGGACUUUGACUUGUGUGGAUUGGAUUAUUUUUCCAACAAUGGAGUUUACAUGGAGUUUACAUGGACUAAAGAGGAACCAGGCGCAGAGACAAGAGCUUCAUCUUGGGACUGGACAUCGAAUCCUCAACACCGGUAUCUGAAGAGACCAGGAGGAGACAGCACAAACACAGAAGGUGGCUCAGGACACACAUCAACCAAGAACCAGGACCUCAAAUGAUAAAACACCAACUGUUGUGUCUCUUUCUUUCUUUUUACUCACCAUGCACCCAUCUGUAUUCUUCUGAAACUCCACAUGAACCCUGAUGAGUGUAGACCUCAUGGCAGGCAUCCUUGGUCUGCAGUGAAACCUGGAAGACACUGUACAUGUGAAAGCAGCGAGCCCACGGUCAUCAUUAAGACACUCCAGAGUGUUUCCCAGGAGGCCAUCGGAUUUUGCGCAGCCCCUAUCGCAGCAUCGACUUCGACUCCACGGAGAUCCAGAACACGGCCAUCCAGGAUCUGAUCUGCGACCACUCGCUGUCCCCGGGAUGGUACAGGUUCAAGAUCAACAACAAGCCGGCAGAGAUGCCCACCACCUGCGUUGAGAUGAACCGAUGUGGGACUCAGGCUCCGGUGUGGCUCUCCCUGAAGGACGCCUCUCUUCCUCGACCCGGCGAGGUACGGCAGCUCUCCGCCUGCGCCACCUGGCAGUUCUUCCACGGCAGCGCCAAAGACUGCUGCCUCUUCAGGAUCCCCGUCACCGUGAGGAACUGUGGCGAGUUCAUGAUCUACUACCUGCAGCCCACGCAGGGGUGCAUGGGAUACUGCGCCAAAGUCGCUCCAGAUCUGGGACCCAGACUGUGCCCACCAGGAGAGGUAGAAGUCAACGGUCGGUGCAAAGCUGCCAUCCCCUCCCUGCCGUCCCGACCCGUGAUCACCACAGAGCUCAUCGGCCACAGCGUCCACCUGAGGUGCUCCUUCGUCCCCCCGCCGUGGAGCCAGCCGCUCGGCUUCCAGGUGGUCUGGGCGAGACACAUCGGCAACAGCAUGAAGGCCGAGAUCCGUCAGGAGUCCACGCUGAAGCCUUCCUCCGUGGUGGAGAUGGACGGCGUUCACUUCAGGCUCGGGGAGACGUUCUCCUGCAGCGUGUCGACUUUCAGGGUCAACUCCAGCCACAGCAGAUCCCCUCCGAAAGAGAGUGAGAGCUUCUUCGCAGGACUCAAGUUUUCUCCAGACUCACUCCAGAUAUCAGAGAACAGCAAAGAGCACGAGGUGACGGUCCACAGCACGGUGCCUAUCCCCUGCUACGGCCCCGACCUGGGUCAGCAGUGUGGCGUCCCGCUGUCUCUCAGCGUUCACGAUCCAGACAGUCUCGGACACGAGGCCUCCAACGUGGUGCUCUCCGCCUGCCAGGUGGAGCUCCGGCCCGACUCCUGCGGUGACGGCAGCUGCGGCCAGGCGAGCUUCUUCGUCACCGCCGUCACCGACUUCACGAGGGACGGGAACCGGGCGAGUCUCAUCGGCGUUCUGCCCGGAGGGAGCGCACCUCGGCUUUGGAGGAACUACAUCCCAACAUCCUUUAAAGUCACGGUGCAGGACAUCCCAACUUCCAUCUGCUACUCUCUGACGGACCCUCACCUCAUCACGCUGGACGGCAGGCGUUAUGAAAACCACCAGACCGGCACCUUCGUCCUCUACCAGAGCCUCAUCAGGGACUUCGAGGUCCACUCUCGGCAGUGGGACUGCGGCAGCCGGCACUACUCUGUGGCGUGCAACUGUGGCGUCGCUGCACGAGAAGGGAACGAGGUGGCGGUCUUUGACAUGUGCAACGGUCAGCCGCAGGAAACCAGGCCACAGCUGACCCUGAAGAACCUCGGGGACGGGGAGGGGAGCCGGGUCAGGGUGAUGGAGUCCCACCAGGGGAAGAAGGUCACCCUGCUCUUCCCCUCCGGAGCCUUCGUCCGGGCCGACGUUGACGACUGGGGGAUGAGUUUAUCCGUCAGAGCUCCAAGCGUCGACUUCACCAACACACAAGGCCUCUGCGGCACCUUCGACCGCAACGGCAACAACGACUUCCAAGGAUCUAACGGCGCCUCUGAUGACCUUCAACACUUCAUAGAAGACUGGAGGUUGGCUCCCGGGGAGAGUUUAUUCGACCGGGCUCCUGCAGGGACGCCGCAGGAGUCGAGGAGGCCGUUCUGUCACUGCCAGAAAGGAUUCAGCGCUUCUGAUCCGGCCAACAGAGGGAUGAGGAACCUGUACGCUCCCUCUGCUCACUCCGACUGCAUCGCGUAUGAAAAUGUGGAUUACACAUCAGUGUUCCCCUCCAUGGACACGACCCUGGAAUACAUAAAGAGUCCGGAAAAGGAGGAGAGCAUCCUGGAUGUGUCUGAGUUCAGCAGUCAUCCUCUGGAGAGGCGGCACCUGUGGUUUCAGGGCGAGGACUCUGACCCUGAGCUCGAUGGUGAAUUCAGAGAGGAUUAUCUUCUCUCUGUUGGACGACCGAGGAGACAGGCGUCCUUUGAGUUCAAGCCGGUGUUUGCUGCUCAGAGUCUCAGCCAGGCAGAUCUGGAAAACUUAGCGUACUUCUUCCCUGAGGAUCACCUGGCAGAGGCUCGACCGGAGGUGCAGCCUCAGUGGCCGACGCCGAGCGGUCUGACUUCCUCGAAAGCUCUGGAGGUGUGCCAGAUGUCUUUGUCCAACUCCACCGUCGGGACGGUGUGCCGGGGGCUGCUGGGGCGCCGUCUGGACGAGGCGGUGGAUCUGUGCAUUCUGGAUCUGCAGCUCAAAGACGACCUGGGCUGGGAGGAGGCCCUGCUGCCUUACCUGGAGAACGAGUGCGAGAGGAGGCUGCUGGAGAACCGGACCCAGAGAGCUCUGGAGGUGGGCGGUCUGCAUGGAGUAGCAGAUGUGGGGACGGCUCUGCGGUGUCCUAACUUCUGCAACGGGAACGGAGACUGCACGGAGUGGGGCUGCCAGUGUUUCCCCGGCUUCAGCUUCUACGACUGCAGCCUCGCCAUCAGCCAGCCCGUCGAGAUCACAGAUCUGGAGAACAGCGGUCUUUGUGACAUCCGAGCCUUCAACUGUCGAAACAUCCGAGUGUUCGGCCUCGGCUUCAUCGACUCUCCCGACCUCAGCUGCCACGCCACCCGACUGAAGUACAUGAACGGCGUUUGGGCUCCAGGUGAGAAACAGAGAACCAAGGCGUCCUUCCUCAGCUCCAAGGCGUUAGACUGCGCCGUGCCGUCUCUGAGCAACACGGCGGUGAACACGGAGGACUUCAUGAUGGACGACAAACCCUACGCACGCUGGGAAAUCAAAAUGACCAAUGACGGCUCCCAGUACAGCCAGGCCAAAGUGCUGACCAUCUACGACGGCGUGUGUCAGGUCUGCGAGGCGUCGCGCUCAGGACUCUGUAAGUUAAAGGAGAAGACGUGCAACAUCGACGGGAUGUGCUUCAAGGAGGGAGACUCCAAUCCCAGCAGCCCCUGCCUCCUCUGCGACCCGGAGACCUCCAGAUUCACCUGGUCUGUGAAUCAAGUCAACGAGCCGCCGACCUUCCACCGACCUCAAACCAGCCUGAGGACAUUCGCAGGAGAGAACUUCGUCUUCCAGUUUGCGGCGUCAGACCCUGAGGGCUCGGCGCUCCUCUUCCAGCUGGAGGCGGGGCCGAGUGGAGCCGUCCUGUCGCCUGCAGGCCUCCUCAUCUGGAGGGUCCCGACCCCUCUGGAGCAGCAGCAGGAGGAGGGACGCCAAUCCAGCCGCUCGUUUCGCUUCACGCUGUCGGACGAGUGCAACGCCCAGAGCAGCUUUAACGUGGAGAUCGACGUGGUGCCGUGUGGGUGUCAGAAUCAAGGCACGUGUGUCACAGACGUUAACUUCCCUGCAGGCAGCGGGAGGUACCUGUGCGUGUGUCCUGACGGGAAGCACGGCGACCUCUGCGAUGAGGAAGUGGACGAGUGUUUGUCCGCCCCGUGUGUGGUCGGGAAGUGUGUGAACGCAGCCGCAGGGUUCACAUGCGAGUGUCCUGCAGGGCUGAGAGGUAAAACAUGCCUGGAGGACAUCAAUGAGUGUGAGAGGAAGCCUUGUUUCCCGGGAGUCCAGUGCUUCAACAACUUCGGCUCCUUCGGCUGCGGCGACUGCCCCAAAGGCAUGCUGGGAAAUGGAACAGCGUGCACAGCAGUCGUCAGGCCUGUCGCCAGCUCGCCCACAUCUGCUCCAAGUACAACAGUCUACAAGAUCCCAGAUGUUCAGAUCCAACCGCACACAAUAAAGACAGACGCUCUCCGGAAAACCUCAAGUGGUAGCUCGCCGCAGACGAGGAAGACCGCUCCACAAAGUGACCCAAAACAAUCACAGAGUAAGACCAGCACUUGGAGGCAGAUUCCAGGGGCAGGUCUUCAAAGUAAAUCUGGAUCUAACAGAAGCACAGCAGCAGAAAUUACCCCGCUGAUGAAGACCAGCGCCACAGGAAUCCAGCUUAAGCCGCAGACCACCGAUGCCGACUCUUUCAUGAACAUCUCAGGAGACCUGCCAAAUCAACCGGACAUCAGCAACACCAUCGCCAAGACGUCCGCCGUGGUCCAGCCUGCAGGAAAUGGAAGACCAGCUGCAGGAUCUGAUCUGUCGCUGGUGGUGUCGUCUACGUGUGCAAGCCGGCCCUGCUUCCCCGGAGUUCAAUGCAUCAACCGCCGGCCACCACAUGUCGGGUACGUCUGCGGACGAUGCCCACCCGGCCUCUACGGCAACGGACGUGUCUGCAUGAAGAACGCCAAGGCAGCAUCCAACCACCUCCCCCUGCAGCAGACGGUUGGAAAGAUCAGCAGACCCACGUACGGGAGCAGCAGCAAAGUCUCCCAGCUCCACCUGCCCAUCCGGCCCUCCAGGCACAGCAUAAAGCACCUCUCCGUGUCCGUCACUAGAGCGAGCCGGGACAAUUCUCAGAGGCAGGUUCCUGCUUCAGGGAGGGAGGGCGGGACGGGGAGGAGAGAGGCUGUUACUGCUUCAGGAGACGUCCCCCGGUCCUCCAUUAGCGCCCUCCAUGUCACUGCAAAUACUUACACCACCCACCAAAGAGCCAGGACAUACCCGAGAUCAAGCUUUACCGCCUCCAGGGAUUCUACGGCUCCUCAUGUGACGGUCUCUAAGCAGCACCAAGAUGCAUCGAGUGCAGCAGCUUCCAGGGUAACACCGCCAAGCUCUCACCUCUACACUCACUCCAAACAAACAACCCAGCCCCAGCUCAGACCCUGGACCCCUCAAAGACCAGUCCUCCCUCUGACAGCCGCCCUCACCGCUCUGUCCUACUCCCUGUCUGAGUCAGAGUUCUCUGCGGAUGGAGAUGAAACCGAACCGGGAUCAGAAGGUUCAGAGACGCCUGACGUGUUUCCAGCGCUGACUUUAACAACACCAGAGAAGACGGCGUACAGCAGCUCGCCUCUGCAAAGAACCACCUCUAAACAAGUGACAACCUGCGCAGACCGGCCGUGUUUCCCCGGGGUUCAGUGUGAACCGGGACAGGGUGGAGGUUUCAGCUGCAGCAGGUGUCCUGUAGGAUACACUGGAGACGGACAAGCCUGUCGAGCUGUCUGCAGGCACAUGUGUGGGAGGAACAUGGAGUGUGCUGCACCCAAUACGUGCCGCUGCAAACCCGGCUACACAGGACCCGACUGUCAGACAGCUAUCUGUGAGCCCGGCUGUGAGAACGGGGGCGCCUGCAUCGCUCCGGGUGUGUGUCAGUGUCUCCCAGGUUUCCAUGGAGAAACAUGUCAGGAAGCUCUGUGCCGCCUGCCGUGUGAAAACGGCGGCACCUGUGUGGGUCUGCAGACGUGUUCCUGUCCUUACGGGUUCGUUGGACCUCGCUGUGAGACCAUGUUUUGCAGCCGCCACUGUCACAACGGAGGUCAGUGUGCGUCCCCAGAUGAGUGCUCGUGUCCUGCAGGCUGGACGGGACCUUCCUGUGAGACUGCUCUGUGCUCGCCCUUGUGCAUGAACGGAGGCUCAUGUGUGCGGCCGAAUCUCUGCGAGUGUCCUCACGGUUUCUACGGAGCACAGUGUCAGAACGCGGUCUGCAGUCCUCCCUGUAAGAACGGCGGUCUCUGCAUGAGGAACAACGUCUGCUCCUGUCUGCAGGGAUACACCGGGAGGAGAUGCGAGAAAAGUGUGUGCGAGCCCAUGUGCAUGAACGGCGGCAGAUGCGUUGGCCCAGAUGUUUGCGAUUGCCCGUCCGGUUGGCGAGGAAAGAGAUGCGAUAAACCCAGCUGUCUGCAGAAGUGUCUGAACGGAGGCGAGUGUGUGGGAGCAAACACCUGCCACUGUGCUGCAGGAUGGCAGGGCAUGCUGUGUCAGAUCCCGAUCUGUGGACAGAAGUGUCUCUACGGCAGCCGGUGUGUGCGCCCGAACGUCUGCGCCUGCAGGAGCGGGUUCUCAGGCUCUCUUUGCUCUAAAAGGCUCCCUAUCUCACAGCGCUGAGGCCAACAUGGAAACCUCCUCCAGAUCAUCCUCAACUAUCAGCUAAGACAAUCCUUCAGUCUCUCCACUGUGACUCAAAGACCUGCAGAAGCAUCUGAGCUGUAAGAACUGUAAGAGAGCUGCACCAGAGAGGAGUCAGUUCAUGUCAGAUUGUUAAAAAGAAGGCAGCUGUGGAGUUUGUUUUGUUGUCACCAUUAUCUCUUUAUGUGCAACACCCUGAAGUUAAUCUACAGCAUCUCUGUGUCUCUUAUUUUAGACUCCAGACUUCAGAUAUUAACUUUUUAAAGCAGCUGUUUUCUCCUCCGUUCAGGCUCCUCACCACCGACUCAAACCUCCAUAUGAGUAUUUAUUUAUUUGGUUGUUUUGUACUGUUGUGUAUUUCUCGUUGUAUAUAUCUUAAUCACUGUAUCAUGGAUGUUAUUUCUUUACUGGUUGUUUUAUAAGAAAAAGAAUAAACAUCCUCUUUAAGGUUU